AUGAUUAUUCAGCUUCAAACAAUCAACAGACGAGUAAAUUGGAUUAGUAUUGGGUUAGUUGGGGUUUUGCUAGUUUUACACUGUCAAGCCAGCACCUUAGAAUACUUAGCCAAGACUUUAGACUUCCCUUGGGCCCAAGCCGUACAAGACCUGCUAGACACAAACAGUCUCAGUUCUUAUCACAGCGAGAUAUGUGCAGUAAAUCUACCUAAAGAUCCAUUGACUCCAGCAGCUAAAGAGGCAUUCAACAGAGAUGGAUUCUAUGAACUUCUUUUUGGAGCCAAGUAUGCACACCGGGCCAAGUACACAACAUUCCAACUAGUAAAGCUCUUCCAACCCAACGGAUUAAACUGGAUUGAGCAAAGUCCGGAAAACAUUCUUGAUAUACUUAUGCUGUUUGCCGUACUGAAUCAAAAGAGAAACAUCGAUCAAUUAGUCACAAGCACUAACAAGUUGCCCAUUCAUACUUUCCUUAGCAAUCUCGCUCUACUCAUUUUUAACUACCAAGCAUCCCAUUCCGACUUCACCAAGAAAAUAGAGCUAGUUUGCCUUAAACCCCCACAGCCUACUUCUGAUAAGCAAUCAGCAAAAUCCACCAAUCCCAAACCAUCCACGCCCAUCCCUUUCCUAACAAAUCAGUCUCUUAUCUCUAAUGAGGCAUGUCUUGCCGCCUUACGUACUAGCUCUAUAAUCAACUACGUCCAUCCACUAAACAUACGCCUUCAUAUGCUAGGCAUCAACUACAACUACACCAAAUCAACAAAUGCCUUUAUUGUAUUUAAGCACCUUGCCAACAACGAAGACGAACCUCGCAUCAAAAACUUACCUUUUGUUACUGCAAUCAACCACAACACAUUCCAAACAGCCCACAUCUUACUACAUGCCCAGCCAAAACAUGACUGCACCAUAAUUACAGAUCAGGCCAAUAAGGAAACAUUCACAAAAAUCUUAGGCCAAUUCCGCCAAGGCAUAGACCUAGAUAAGACAUUCAAUUGGAUUAUAACCGAAGAUGACUCCUACAGCGCAAACACAGUUAAAUCUAACCCACAGCCCACAAAGAAAACAAAGCUACUUACACGUCUAAAAGGCAGAUCAACUUAA